UAUGAGCUGAGCACACUCGUGUUACUCUGUACCUCGGACCAAAGAGAGUAUGAAUAUACGGACUAAGACUUUUUAAAUCACCUUUUAUCUGAGAUCUGUGACCUGUACGUUAGAAAUCUGUCAAUUUACUAUGUCAAACACCACAACAAACAAUUACCUAUGGAAAUAUUAACCCAAUAACCCACCAUGAAAACGACAUGGCUAGCCAUUGGCUUCGUCACAGUGCUAGCUUUAUUCUCCCUCUUCUCCAUCAUAAAGUUCGCUACAGAAGUUGAUGAUAAGGAUGAGAGACCUGUAACUAAGGCUGAAGAUGUCGAGGUUGUUGAGCUUCCAGUACUGAAGCUGACGGAUGUAGGUGGUCGGAGUAAUAUGAACCGCUCUUUUACUGCUUCUUUAAAAUAUCCAUACCUCGCCGCUAUAAUAGCUCGAAGCGUCACUGACGAACCUGCGGGCUGGAUUUUCACCUGUUUCGGCAGCGUCAUCGCCACGAAGUGGAUCGUCACUGCUGCGCACUGCAAGAUACAAAAUCACAUCCACCGAACGCUCCUCUACCGCGACUACGUUCACAACCACACGAACACCCACCUCAUCCUGAGAUGGAAGGUGCACCCCGGAUACAUCAGCAACAGCACUGUGCCAUGGCACGACAUAGCCCUAGCCAAGGUCAACGAAGACUUGGAGACAGCUGUGCCUGUUUUCUUUACCAAUGGAGCUCAGCAGGUCCAAGCCAGCGUAUGGAAGACGAUAAUCACCAUGGAACGCCGCACAUACCUCACCAAUGACAUGGAAAUCUACGACGUCAGAAUUAUCAACCCAAUUUUCUGUUAUGAGCGCUACGGAUUUACCUUAGAUGACACGUUCAUAUGCGUCAACAUGACCCGCGAUGCUGAUUGCUUCAUCACCGAGUUUGGACCGAUCUUCACCGCCACUGAACGUGUACUGGGUAUUCUGAGAUUAAUGCCGAAUGACUGUGAAAAUAAGGUGGCCAUAUUUACGAAUGUGACGUCAUAUUUUGAGUGGAUUUCAAAGGAAACUGGGAUCGGGAAAGAAAAAGUCAUAUAGGCUAAAUAUCUAAAUAAGUGUCAUUGUAACAAAUUUUUUGUUGUUGUUUAUGUUUAUUUAUUUACCCACGUUUGUACAUCUAUAUCAGUAAUAAUACGUUUUUGUUAUCAAAUGGUCA